AAAUUGAGAAGUCAGAAAUCCACAUGACGGUCUGAUAUUGAUAAGCAUUUUGAUUCUCUCGUCUCACAUUAUAUAAACCCAUGGAAAUCUCCAUGAAUCACAAUUCUUAUCUCCAUAUUCCCUCCUUAUAUACACAUAUAGCAAUAAUAUAACCAUGUCCCAAGAGCAAUCUAAAGCUUCUGGUCUUCCAGUUGUUCCUCCCAAGUUCUGGGAUGGAGACGAUGAAGCUCUAUCCCAAGAGUGUCGAGAUCUCAUUGCAACCCUGCCCGCUGAACCGUAUUCGAAGAUCCAUCAUCUCUACCAAUUCCAAAGCUUUUGGCACAACAAAAGGGUCAUCCAAGGAGUCCUCAACUUGCAGAAACACUUUCAGGCCCAUGACUCCGACAUCAUCCUCGUCACUAUGCCAAAAUCUGGCACCACCUGGCUCAAACUCUCACUUACACUAUACUUAAUCGCAAAACCCAUUAUCCCACUGAAUCCAGAUCCGAUCGUAACCGCACCUCACCCUCUUCUCACUACCAACUCUCAUGAUCUUGUGCCCUUCUUGGAGCUCCAUCUCUAUCUCGAGAACAACCCAGAUUUGAGCUCCUUCUUGUCGCCGAGGCUUUUUGCGACCCAUCUGCCGUACUUCCCAUUGCCUGAGUCUAUAAAGUCAUCAAGAUGUAAGAUAGUGUACUUAUGUAGAAAUCCUAAGGACGUACUUGUCUCGUACUGGCACUUUACAAGUGAGUUUAGACCAGAUAGUCAUGUGAGCAACGUGGUUGAUGCGGAUUUGUUUGAGAAGUUUUGCCAGGGAAAGAACCCUUACGGGCCAUUUUGGGAUCAAAUAUUGGGGUAUUACCAGGAGAGUUUGAAGAGGCCAGAGAAGAUAAUGUUUUUGAGGUUUGAGGAACUAAAAAGUGAACCAGUUAGGGUUUUGAAGGAGCUAGCUGAGUUUUUAGGGUUUGGUUUUUCUAAGGAAGAAGAAAAUGGUGAUGCUGUGGGUGACAUAUUGAGGCUCUGUAGUUUUGGAAAUUUGAGCAAUUUGGAAGUGAAUAAAAGUGGAAAAAGUUCCACCGGGAUGACAUGUAAGAAUUAUUUUAGACGUGGAGAAGUUGGGGAUUCGAAGAAUUUUCUCACACCAGACAUGAUCAAACGACUUGAUGAUAUUACUGAAGAAAAGUUGGGGAUACAUGGCUUGAAGUUUUAAAUCCAUUAAUUAGAUUCUUUAGAACAAAUGGUCUACAAAGAACAACAGGGGUUAGAAAUGAAGAUGAAGAAGAAGCUGCGGCAAAUAUAAUUAAACUUGUAAUCUCCCUAGAGAUAGAGUGUUUCUCAUGAAGUAUAGUUAUGAGUGUCAAUCAAAAUUUAAAAGAUUGAGAACACAUUCUUAUGUAUGAGGCUCGUCUUCAAACGUUGGGUGUGUCUGUGAAGCUUUUUAACCAGUAAAAAAAAUAAUAUUUUAGUUCAA